AUGGCGACCGGUGAGAGGCGAUCAAAUCUCAGACUGUGUACUUACAACGCGAGAACAGUUUCCACAGACGCCGACCUGCAUGCCCUUCUCGGAGCUGCAGAGGGUAUUAAAUUUCACGUAAUUGCUCUGCAGGAGACUAAGUGCAGAAGGAGCGACGUACGACAGAUGAAUGACGGUACACUCGUCAUUCGUGGAGAUAAGGUUCCGUCGCGAAAUGUAGGCGGUGUUGGUUUCGUUGUGCACCCAUCUGUCGCCCAUCUCGUCGAUUCUCACGAGAUCCUGUCACCUCGUCUGGCCAUUCUUCGCCUCCGCCUUCUGCGCGAAAAAUCCAUCAGUAUCAUCAACUGCUAUUCACCAACAUCAGCAGCUGAUGAUUCCGAAUUGGAAGCGUUUUACGAGGAGCUGGAGGAAGUAGUCCGCAACGAGAAGUCCUAUUACAAAUUCGUUGUCGGAGACUUCAACGCAAAACUAGGAAAGGCUACAGAAGAGGAAUACAGGAUUGGAAGAUUUGGACUAGGGGACCGGAAUGAAAAUGGCAGGGCUGUUCAGAAAGAAAGGAUCCCAGACCAGUGGAAGACCUCGCGAACCGUUCUUAUCCAUAAGAAAGGUGACCGAGAGGACCUUCGGAACUACCGUCCGAUAUGCUUGCUGAGCGUGUUAUACAAAGUAUUCACCAAGAUCAUCCUCACACGCAUAUUUAGGACGCUGGAUGAAGCCCGGCCUCAAGAACAAGCUGGAUUCCGCCAGGGGUUUAGCUGUUUGGACCAUAUCCGGACCGUGUCGAGGGUCAUAGAGGUUUGCCAUGAAUACCGCCUGUCCCUUGAUCUAACCUUCGUUGACUAUGAGAAAGCCUUUGACAGCGUAGAAACGAAUGCAAUACUGUCAGCGCUGGUCGAUCAAGGUGUGGACGCGUCGUAUAUGAGGACAUUAGCCAAUUGCUACGAACGAUGCACGACUAGGAUACAGCUUUUCCACCGCCUUCUCACCAUACCCAUUGGAAAGGGGGUACGACGAGGCGAUACUAUAUCGCCGAAGCUGUUCACGGCUGCAUUGCAAUGGAUAAUGAAAUCACUAUCCUGGGAAGAAAGGGGCAUACGUGUUGAUGGAAGAUUUCUUUCGAACCUUCGUUUUGCGGACGACAUCGUUCUCUUUUCGAGCAGUACCAACGAAGCAGAAACAAUGCUCAACGAAAUGAACGAAAGAGGGAGGAGAAUAGGACUACGGAUAAACGGAAAGAAGACACAGUUCAUGAAGAACGCCCACUGCGAGAACGGAGGAGUACAACUUGAAGGCUCCCAAAUCGUGGAAACUCCGUCACAUGUAUACCUCGGACGUUCUAUUAACAUGGAAAACGACUUGAAGGAAAGACUGAGUAGAAGAAUGAGAGCAGCAUGGGCAGCAUUCGCAGCUGUCAGGGAGACUACGAACCAACUGACGGACCAAGAUCUUCGUGCCCAUUUGUUCGACUCGACAGUCCUUCCGUCGCUCUGUUACGCAGCGGAGACGUGGGCAGACACCGCGGCCACGUCUGGGAAGCUACUUAAUACCCACAGAGCCCUUGAGAGAUGUCUCCUAAAGUUUAACCGGCGCACACAACACCCUGCCGGUCUUCGUAGCUUCGACUUAGGAGGAAUGUCCCGUCUUCGCGACCCAGCGGAAUAUGUAUCGAAAGCAAAGCAUAGAAGGACCGGUCACAUCAUGAGAAGAAUCGACGAUAGAUGGACUAAAAGAAUGCUAGAGUGGAUCCCAAGGGACGCUAAACGUCCCCGAGGGAGACCGCCAACGAGAUGGGGUGACGUGUUCGCUGCACGGAUGGACCAGCUGAGAGCUCAGCUGGAUACGGCUCAAGGACCUCGUCAACGUCGCUCACGAAGCUUGAGAACAUCUUGGAUGACAAUGGCGAAGGAACGAAACGAGUGGAAGAGAUGCUGGGGCCCGCACGUCCAGUGA